UCUUACCGCAGCCGCGCAUUGAUACGGCAGGUGUUUGGAGAGCGCAAUCAAACUAAAACAUUAACCGCAGAGCCGCAGCGGCAGCUUGCUGAAGAAAAACGCCUUUCAGUGCCACCGACACACAGCGAGGUGUGGAGAGCUUAAAGGAUGAACAGCAGUGGUCCUGCGUACCCGUUGGCCUCCCUCUAUGUAGGAGACUUGCACCCUGAUGUCACAGAAGCCAUGCUCUAUCAGAAGUUCUCACCUGCUGGACCCAUCAUGUCGAUUCGUGUUUGCAGAGACAUCAUCACACGCAGGUCCCUUGGAUAUGCUUACAUUAAUUUCCAGCAGCCUGCUGAUGCGGAAUGUGCACUGGACACCAUGAACUAUGAAGUUAUAAAGGGCCGUCCAAUCCGGAUCAUGUGGUCACAGCGAGAUCCUUGUCUGAGGAAGUCUGGAGUGGGGAACAUCUUCAUCAAGAACAUGGAUGAGUCCAUUGACAACAAGGCGCUUUAUGACACAUUCUCUGUCUUUGGAAAUAUUCUUUCGUGUAAGGUGGUAUGUGACGACAAUGGCUCUAAAGGUUAUGGGUUUGUGCACUUUGAAACUCAUGAGGCAGCCAAUCGAGCCAUUGAAACCAUGAACGGCAUGCUCCUGAAUGAUCGCAAAGUAAAAGAGGCAGGUAAAGAUCUGGAAAGUUGUCCAGGCCAAGUCUGUCAGCUGGGGAGCAAAAUUCAGCUGUCCAUGCUUAGUUUUGUAGGCCAUUUUAAAUCUCGUAAAGAGCGUGAGGCAGAGUUUGGAGCCAAGGCCAUGGAGUUCACCAAUGUUUACAUCAAAAACUUUGGCGAGGACUUUGACAACGAGAAACUACGAAACAUCUUCUCUGAAUAUGGGAAAACCCUUAGUGUUCGUGUAAUGACUGAUGAAAAAGGACGUUCUCGUGGUUUUGGCUUUGUGAACUUUGAAAACCAUGAAGAUGCUCAGAAGGCAGUAGCUGAGAUGAAUGGGAAAGAGCUGAAUGGAAAAAUUCUGUAUGUGGGUAGGGCUCAGAAGAGACUGGAACGACAGGGGGAACUUAAACGCAAGUUUGAGCAGAUCAAACAAGAACGUUUAAAUCGCUACCAGGGAGUUAAUCUGUAUGUGAAGAAUCUGGAUGAUGGCAUUGAUGAUGAUAAACUGAGAAAAGAGUUUGCACCAUAUGGUACCAUAACAAGUGCUAAGGUAAUGACUGAAGGAGGACGGAGUAAAGGCUUUGGCUUUGUGUGCUUCUCCUCUCCUGAGGAGGCCACUAAAGCAGUGACUGAAAUGAACGGGCGUAUUGUCAGCACUAAGCCUCUGUAUGUGGCACUGGCUCAAAGGAAGGAGGAGCGCAAGGCCAUCCUCACCAACCAGUACAUGCAGAGACUGGCCAGUGUGAGGGCCAUCUCCAGCCCUGCCAUGCCUGCGUUCCAGCAGAGUGCUGGCUACUACAUGCCUUCUAUACCACAGGCUCAAGGACGUGCCUUCUACAAUGCAGUGCCGAACCUGCGACCAGCACCACGCUUUGCAGCCCAAGCUCCCAGACCACAAGGGCCAUACUCUGCUCAAAUGGUAAGGUCGGCCAUGCCACGCAGGGCCUCUACCCCAAUCAGUACAAUGCGCCAGGCCUCUACACAGGCUCCAGGCAUCAUUAACACUCAAAGAAUGGCUCAUAUUGGCACACAGACAGCAGGCGGCCGGACAGUAGGAGGGGCAGUGAUGAGAGGAGUCAAUCAGUACAAAUACUCAAGCGGAGUCCGAAAUAUGCAACAGGUCAUCAGUGUACCACCUCCUAUCGCACAGCAGGUAGUGCCACCUCCUGUUAUGGAGCCUGCAGUUCAUGUUAAAGGUCAAGAGCCCCUCACUCCAUCAAUGUUGGCAGCUGCGCCACUUUUGGAGCAGAAACAACUACUGGGUGAGCGUCUGUAUCCGCUGAUACAGGCCCUUCACCCUAAUCUUGCUGGAAAGAUUACUGGUAUGCUGCUGGAGAUUGACAACUCUGAAUUGCUGCAUAUGCUGGAGUCUCCGGAGUCCCUGGAUGCCAAGGUUGAUGAGGCAGUGGCAGUUCUUCAAGCUCAUCAAGCCAAAGAAAUGUCACCUAAAAAAUGAAGACCCUUCAGAUGGGUGAAACAGCACACGAGAGCACGGCAUGAGCACUUAAGUUCUACUGGGUUUGCCAAAGGAGAGAAGGAGUUGAAGAAAGAAAAUAAGAAACUGGGGGAAUAAAAGGAAAGUUGUUGUAAUCAGCCUAGUCACAGGUGACAGAUGUGAAUACUGCUGUUCAGUGUUAUGUUUGUUCUGCUUUUGUUUAUAAAAAUAGAAAAAGGAAAAAAAAAAGUAAGGAAAAUGCUAAAAAAAAAAAAGAAGAAAAAAAAUCCUCUGUUGUGCAUUAAAGACAUUUUGGGCUUAAACGCA